AUGGUUUCAUUGGGAAUUCACUGGAAACGUUUUAUCUCAGCGUGUAGUACUCCUCCUACGGGUGCUGGCGGUGGACCUAUAGCAGCGUCGUCAUCUGCAGGAGCUGGUGGUGUUGGUACAUCUGCCGGUCUACCUUCAACGCAGAAUCCUUUACAAAAAUCUCCAGUGGAAUGGCAAUGCUUAAAUGAAACUGUCAAUAUUCUAUUGAAAGGAUGUCCAGUAUCACGUCUAGCUAUACUAGAUCAUUUAGCACCAUUAUAUAUUGAUUAUUUUGUUACUUGGUGGCAAAUGAAUUCUCCAUUGAAUCGAUCAUAUGAAAUGAGUGGUAAUACUGGUCGAUAUUCAAGCUUUGAAAGUCAAAAUUUCAACAAAGCUGAAGUUGUAUUACGUGAUUUAUUGCAAACGAUUCAUGAACUGACAACUGAAGAUAGAAUAAGUGAUCAUUUCUAUGCAGCAGUAUGUUCUUGGUGUCUUGUUUUAAUUCGACCUGUGUGUACUUCUGCCCCAACUCAGAUUCUGUCAAACCUAAUGGAUUUACUUAAGUCUCCUAGUCAUCAUUCAGAUAAGGCAUCAUCAUCGUCAACAUCAAUGCCAGCGAAACGUGUGCACAAAACACAUCCAACCAGUCGUUUAGCGUCAAAUAAAUCUGAAAGAAAUAUUGAUAAUAACAACAAUUCCAUAUCCACUACUUCUACUAUAAAUGAUUGUAAUAAAAUAAAUAGUGUUAAAGGAAUCAAUCGUCGACGUUAUGGGAAACAUCGAUCCGAUCAUCAUCGUAAUCAUCUGAUAUUUGUAUCGGACUCUGAGUCGUCCUCGAAUUCUACCAGUGAUGAAGACAGUGUAGAACAAGAAAGUGAAGAAGAAAAAGUAGAGGUAGGGGAAGUAAGAAGUGGAGACGUCAGAUUUAAUGAAGAUGCAGUACAAACAUCUGAGGUUAAUAUAAUUAGUAGUAGUAUUAAUAAAACUGAGACUAGUGAAAUCAAGUCCUCAUCUAUCAAUUCAGACAAUCAACAACAAUCCGCUGAUGUUCAGCUAAGUAGUUAUUCACGAAAUGACCAAAUAUCUUCUGGAUUGAACAGGUUAGAUUCAACCGAUUCAUUAUUGAAUAGGAGUGAUUCAACCACUGAACAUACAAUCGAUUUAGAUUUAAGUCCAACUUCUGUUGUAAAUCAACAAAUUAUUGGGGUUUGGAUGAAAUGUCCUAUACUAUUGGAUCUGCUGAACAUCACAUGUAAUUGUUUACUGGGUCCAGAUGUCCGAAUGAGUUGUGUACAAGCUUUACUGUCUUGUUCUACAGUACCAGUAUGGGAUACUUCGUUUGAUAAUCCUAAGAAUUCUUCUUCCCUAGCCAAUUAUGUCCUACCACACUGGAUAAUAAUUUGGCUGUUAUAUCAAACAACACGUCAAGUGAAUUUAAUGUCAUCAGGAUUAAAAAAGUUAAAUCGAUUGUGUGACUUAAUACUUACAUCUGCACUAAUGAAUCCGAUGGGAACAAAUACUCUCCAGUCAAUUUUACUGCCAGACACGUUGGCUGGUUACUUUUCACAAUGGAAUUUUGAUUCUAAUUUUUGGAUGACUGUGUGUUUAACACACUUGUUAUUUCUUGGUGAUUCAGUCCCAGAAUUUGUUGGUAAGUGGUUACGUACUAAAAUGGAGCCACUUUUCUCCUAUGCCGUGGCUAUUUCACCAAAUGAAACUCCCCCAGAUGAUAAUGACAGUCUGGAUAAACAAGUGUGUUUAACUCAACAAAUGAAAUUGUUCAAUCUUCUAAUCAGUCUAAGUUUAAUCACAGUCCCAAUUCCACCACAAUCUCCUCCAGAACAACAAAUACCAUUAGGCAGCAGUAGUCAUCCAACAUCUGAUAUAAGCAUGGAUCGAUCUUGGAGACAUCCACAACCUUUCUCCAAAGGUUUUAAUUAUACUGGUAUGCCUGUUCCGUUUCGUUCACCAUGCCUGCCGAAUGAAAUGGAUAUCGCGCCGAUGUUACCUCGGUAUACAGUCCCCGUGCCCUUACCGCCAAGAAAUAUGAAUCCAACAUUCCCAGGCCCACGUCAUAUGCCGAUUCCACCAGGUGGUGGUAAUAAUAGUAACAAUAUUAUGAAUACAGGUUUACCACCUGGUCAACCGAACUCCAUGCCAUUCCGAUUUAAUUUCCCCAGACAGUUUGAAGCGCCUUUACAUCGACCUCCGUUACUUCAAGUCCCAGUAAAUGUCCAGUCACUUCGACCUAAUUUAAAUGAUUUAUAUUAUAUGCCAACUGCUUGUGGUGUUGGUGGUAGUAUACUGUUGUUCAAUGAACGUCAAUCAGCCAACUGUUCCCUUGAGUCUGGACGUCGUCAACCAAGUUCACUCAUAUGGAUCCUAAGUUUAAUUAAACGUAUUAAAGCUGUCAGUAUAUCAAUUGUAAUUGAUAAUUUAGUCUCGUUAACUCCAUUACAAUUGUUUAGUUUAUUUCAAAAUCAAUGUGAAUUAAAUCAACAAACUGCUUAUAGCCUACUACAUCUCAUAGUUAAAGCAAUAAUUCAAGCGCCAUUUGGUUCAAAUGUUGAACAAUUACUGGUUUAUUUAAUUGAUAUCUGUGAAACUGAAGCAAGUCAAUCGUCUGUUAAUUGUGUGUGUUCAAUCCCAAGUGUGUCUACUGCUUCUGCUAACAUCGAUGAACCACAGUGUCCAGAUGCGAAGAGACAGAAACUAAAUGUAGACGACCAACAGGAUCAGAAUCAAUCUGUAUCAGGAUAUGAUAAGUUUUUGAACAACUUCGUUGCAUAUUGUCGAGAGAUUUUACGGCUUUUAUGUGAAACAACACUUGUUCUGAUCUAUUCAUUGUCUGAAACAUCAGAUCUCUUAGAUCAAGGUGGUUGUGAAGGCUUUCUGCGUGCAAUCCAACAGCUAGCCAAUCGUCCAUCUCCCUCACUUCUGUACAACAGUAUUGAUGCUCCUGCUGCUGCUGCUGGGUGUACCACUUCUACUACAAACGAUAAAACAAUAAAAUCAAACAUACCAUCAUUAUUCACUUCAAAGUUUUGUUUAUUUGAAAAGUUGAUGAAUUCAAAUCGUUUACAAAGUAGUUCAUGUGCUCAAAUGAUUUUAAGCUUAGGAUUUACAUUGGAGCCAAGUUCAAUGGAACAUUUGUUGUUUUAUUUAUGCUGUUGGAAGCCUCAUUCAGGAAAAUCCAAUUCCAAUGGUACUUCACUUAUAUCACCAGUGUCAUUCCAAAGGAAAAAGUCAACUACUACAACAACGUCCACAUCUCAAGAUACCUUCUGUUGUCCAUUAAUGUUAUUCUUUCCUAUAUUAAACGAAAUACAAUCAAUUUGGACGGCUAGAACCUCUUGUAAACCACCAUCGUUGCCUACAGAGACUUCAACACAACAAAAGUCGACCAGCAGUCUAUCUUUCAUUCGUUCUUCGAUUUAUCCAACUACGUCAAUUCGUAGUGAAUAUUUAUUGAUGCAAAGCCAUAUUAAUAGCAGUAAUGAUAACAGUAAUAAUAAUAAUGAUCAGACAACAUCCUCCUUAUCACUGAUAUCACCAAAUGGACUUUUGUAUGUACAACAAUUACUUGCCAAAAAAUUUCUUCCUCUAAUGUGGUCAAAUGUAGAAAAUGGUACUGGUGAAUUACGUACUCGCCUUUUACGCAAUCUACUUUGGUUAGUGUAUCAAGAGAUGACCUUAAUCAGAAAGAAAUCUAUUCAACCACGUUUACUGUUUGCUCUUGCAGCUCAAUUUGACGCGAUUGUCAAGAUAAUGGUUAAGAGUGUUAAUCUUGAGUGUACAGAUCUACUACUCAGCUUGUGUGAGUGCAUAUUCAGUUCAUUUCAGUUCUCAUCGUCAACUAAUGAUCCGCUGCAUUCUUAUUUCAACAGUUUCAAUAAUAAUAACAAUAAUGAUAUUUUGUUAAUGAAAUCAUCUGAUCCAAGACAUCUUCAUCAUGCCAUACAUCAUCCUCAACGUUCAUUCAUAACUGCACGACCUCGUCAUGGAUAUCAAAGCAAGGAGGUGUUGAAGCCAAUUAAUAAUAAUAACUCCCCUAAACGUCAUCAUCAAUUAUUAGCUUUUCUACAUUUAUCUCCAGGACAAUGUAUACUGUUAGCACAAAGUUUUGUUCAAUUAAUAUCACAAUUAUUUAGAAUGUCAAAUGAAUUCAUUAUCCCUGAGGAAUCAACCUCACCCCCAUCAUCAUCUCCAUGUAUCUAUUUUGAUUUGUUGGGUAGAAUAAGAAAUCUGUUAAAGAUAUUAUACUCUUUUGAAGAAUUAUCAAUAUUUCGUUCUACACUUCUACGAUUAAUUCCAAAGGCUAUGAUGUCUGAUUGUACAGAAUCUAAUCUAGACGACCUAUUCAAAGCUGUUAUACCCACAAUAACAGACAAUCAUGAUUUAUUCAAUUCAAGCAACAUUUCAUACCUCCCUUCAAGUCUUUUCAAUAAGACAUCAUCAUCUACUGGUAUCCCGUCAAAAUUGCACCAUAAUCUUUUGUUGUUGAAUAAUCCACCAAAGAAAACUGAUCAAACAUUUGAUGACAGUUUAAUUCGUGGCCAACUAAAGCCUAGAAUGAACAAAAACACUGAAAUAACAAUCAUUAAUGGUGUUAUACCAAUAAACAUGAAGGGCACUCUCGGUGAUGGUCCACGUGGUCUUGAUUUUCACCCUAUGCUAAAUAUGAUAAAGAAACAAAAAAUCAGUGGAAUUAAUUGGCAACCAGUUGAAUUGCAUUGGUUAAGUCUUAUCCGAUUCAUUAUUAUGGGUGGUGAUUACCUUUUUAAUACUCGUAAUUCGGAGUCGGCGAUUGUUUUAACCCCUCAACAACAAGUCAACAAUAAUUCUUUUCUUGUAUUCGCCUCUGACGACGGUCAGCAUCGCGAUUUAAUCUCAGGAUUAGAAGAUGUUGUCAUACAGACUAGUGGCAUCCAUCUACCGCAAACAUCAAUAAUAAGUUUACCAUUCCCAUCAUUAAAUUUAGUCCUACCACCGAGUGGUGUUGGUUUAGAGCGUGUAAUUAACUUACUCUAUUGGUUCUGUCCUGAAGCUAAACAACUCAUGUCUGGUGGUGGGCGUGGCGCUGGCAGUCAAUUAGAUGAUCCCCAACAUUCAAUGAUUCAGUUGUCAUCACAAGGAAUUUUAGAAAUAUCAAUUAUUUUAGAGAAGCUACGCUUAAAAUGCUAUGGAUUACCCCCACUCUAUCAUCCAUUGCCUUUAUAUGCAUUGUAUUUUUGUGAAACAUCAUCAGUUUUACACUUUCUGGAUCCUCUACCAUUACUCUCGUCUCCUAAAAUCCUAUUGGGUAUUUUAAUGGGUUUAGAAGCUGUAUGGGCUUCACCAGUUGCACCAAGAAUAUCAAUACAGCAGGCUAUAAACACUUUAAUACAAGUAGAUGGUAUUAGUUAUGUGGAACAAUCUUUUCCUGUAUGCGGUGCAAAUGAAGCGUGUAAAACGCAUGCUCGUAAGGUAUGUGCUUUUUUCCUUUUGCUUUGCUCCUUCCUUCUCAUUCCUUUGUGCUUUGCUAGUGGAACAAUAGAACAAUAGUCUCACGCCCAAACUUCGCACGCUUAUUACCGGCUGCUGCCAGGUGACGUUUAAUAGUGUGUCAGGCAGAAAUUGAACGUGGGCCACGUGUGUGACUUGCGAGCAUUCUACCACUAAACCAUUAACUUAUGUGUUGUCUUUUGUUGCGUUGGAAAUUUAUUUAAUUUUAUGAUGCAGUUUUCUUUUUUGAAACUUACUUCUAUUAAAAUCAAUGAGGACAAUAGGCUAUAAUAAUAAUAAGACAUAAUACCAUGUCCAUCGUUUCCUUCUAUACGUAGAGAUGGGGUUUAUAAACUAUAAUUAUGUAAGCCUACGCAACUUCAAGCAUCUUUCUGUUUGUUUGUCUGUUGACAACAGUGAAUAACUUGAAAGCGUCAAUAUCAUUUCCGUAGUCUAUACUAUUUUUUGUUAUUGAACGUUUUGGUACCUUGACUUCAGCUGUUUUCAACCACCUGGGCAACUGCUCCAUCAUGCAUGUUGACAAUCACCUUUCUGUACGACCUAUGUAUUCGCUUCCACAAACACACUCAAAAUGAUGUACACAAUUUGAAGUGUCGAGGAUUAGCAACCGAGAUUGUUGAAACACCCACUUGGUGGUGUUAAGGAAGACAAGUUUCGCAGUAUAAUAGGUUCUUCCAAUAGCUUUAAAAAGUCUUUGUUUAGCUACUUCCUUUAGAUCAUCUCAUUUAAAUGGCACAUUGACAUAUACAGACUUCUUUGAGACGGUUUGGAUAGUUUUACUGGCUUUUAUUUCUUUAGAAUAUUUAUCUAUAAACCUCUUAGGAUGUCUAUUUUUGGAUAAAAUAUCUUUCAGAGUCUUUAUUUUAUAUUCCAUUGUAUUGUUAGAGCAAAAUUUUCCGUGCUCUAUUGAACAUUGUUGUGACUAUUUAAAAAAAUAUACUAUAUGGGAAUAAAACUCUUAAAGUGUGCACACUGUCCCGCCCAUAAAGACUUUCUGCAUAUAGACUUAGCAAUGCUGUCUGUCAUACGUUGUAUUGCGUGUACUGUAUGUUUGUAGAAUAUCAAUAGGUAACCUCAUCUUGCUUUUCAUUUCGAAAUCUAAUGGGUGAUAACUAAACUUAGCCCAUGAUUCUGAGUCAGCUGCUUCGAAUCCGUAUGCAACUGGGAUUCUCACUUCACUUUCAGUCGUCACUCAAAAUAUCAGUGAAUAGUCUAUAAACCUGAGGAUAUCUUAAGUAGUCUAGCCAUCAAUACUUUCUUAUAAUCUGUUUCUUUUUUAUCGCUAAUUGUCUUCUUCUUAUUAUUAUUUACAGAUAGCUAUUGAUUACGCUUAU